UCCCUUUAGAGGUGCCUUACUUAGAAUAAUAACUGACAGCGUUCCGUUGUUAUUCACAACAAGACGAACAUGAUCAAACCAUGCUGGCAGCUCGGUUAGAGCUUGAUGGUACUUUUGGUGCAAAGAAGAAGACAAGAUAUGAAAAACACAAAGAUGAGAUCAAUUGCGUGGCUUUCUCCAGGGAUCUGGAGAUGAUGGUCACUGGGUCAGAUGAUGGCAGGGUGCGUGUUUGGAACAGACCGAAAAACAUCCUGGUGUGCAGAUUUUUUGGACACACAGGUGCAGUCAAAGGGGUAGCUGUAUCUCCAGAUAGUCGCUACAUCGCCAGCGCUUCCUACGACCGAACAGUGAUUGUGUGGAGGACAAGAAACUCGGAUAUCAUUUACAAACUUCAGGGUCACUCAAGAUGCGUUGAGACGGUAGGGUUUUCAAGUGACGGUCGGCUACUCUGCUCAGGAUCAUGGGAUUGCACUGCUAUUGUUUGGAAUUUAGAGACUGGAACCCCCCGAAACAUACUAACUGGACACAAGAAUUUGGUGCAGUGCUGUGCCUUUAGCGCUAAUGAUCGUUUGCUAGCUACAGGUUCAUGGGACCAUUCCGUACGUCUCUGGGCGCUGUGUCGUCAGGCGGGUAUUGACCAGGUUAGGGUUCUUAAAGGUCAUACAGGAAACGUCCACGCAGUGGCCUUCUCUAAACUUGGCAUGCUGGCAACGGGUUCAUGGGACAAGACUGUUCGUCUGUGGAGUUCACGAGAUGCUCGCUGCCUUCUUGUGCUCUCGGAACACACCGGUUGGGUGAGGGCGCUGGCGUUCACUAAUGAUAGCAGUAUGGUUGCCAGUGCAAGUGAUGAUGAGACGGUCAAGGUAUGGGAUGUGAGAACUGGUGAAUGUGCCAAGACGCUUGAGAGUGAUCUGGAGCAGCUUCAGACUUGCGUGUUCUCGUCUGAGGGGGCGCUGUUUGCAUCCGGGGCUGCAGCAAUGGCUGUCGCCGAGAAAAAGGAGACACAGAGUAAAGAAGAGGAGGUGAACAGGGAGAUGGAUGAAGGAACAGUUGAGGAGGAAGAGGAGGAGGAUGAUGAAGGUGGUUAGCUAAUGUACCAUAAAGGCCAAUGCACACCUUACAACUGGCCCAAAAUCCAAUUUUAGAACUUUUCGCAUUUCGCUGUUGAAAUAUACGGGGUACAAGAUAACGACGCAGAUAUAGAUGUCAGAAAAUCAUUUUGAUAUUCACUUUAUUCAGCUUUUAGAUCCAAUAGUCUUCAGACUUAACAAAAACCGAGUUCACAUACAACUACACUUACAAGAUUGAAGAGCAUGAAGAGUCAACUGCCAGGUUGCUUAGCAUGGUACAUGUUUUCUACUCAAUACAUACAUGUACCAAUGGUCCUGUUCAGGACACACCUUAAAAACAAGAAAAAUUUCUAUUCUUUAAGCACCUUGCCUGGUGCAGGCAUACAAUACAGUCUGACCUGUAACUUUCUAUCAUUCACUUCAGGCUCUAUGCCCAAGAUUUAUGCUUGCACCUGUUAGUAUGUCACAUAACUUUCUUUCAUUCAUUCAGGCUCUAUGCAAGGCAACAAUACACUUAUUUAUGCAAAAUGUGAAUGAAAAGUAUCCGUUUAUUUGAAAUUGCAAAUCGAUUGUAAGAAUAUUACUCUAACAAUUUUUUAUGAUGGCAAGCCUGUAUUUUGGAGUAAAGGCUAAUUGGUUUCAGAUCAUAGCCAAUGGUACGCGUCCCAUGUCUCGAUUAAGAUUGGAUAUUCAAAUUCCUUUUUCAUUAUUAGGAUUGUAGGCUCAGUCACAUUUAACUGAGACUAAGUGGUACUGCACACAGUUUCUGUGUUGGCCUUGCAGGUCAAAUGUGACUGAGGGAAUAGCAAUACCUUAAGAUCACUGCACACCUUACGGUUGGUCUGCGACCCGAUUUUGGAAUGAAACUUAGUAAAUUUUAUUCAAAUAGUGCGACAUGGAAUACCUUACUGUUUAAAAUUCUAAAUCAUCUUAUGAAUACUCACAUCUAUGAACACUACAAUUCUUAUAAGAAUAAAAGCAAAUUGAAUGGACUGAGAUCCAAUU